UUAUAAUUCACAAGCUCUUCUGUUUAGUCUGUUUAACUUUCACUAUUCAAGAUAUCAAACUGUACUUACCAGAGAUCAUUUGCCAAUCAGUGCAGGUCUUUUUCCUCCAUCAUUAUAAACCACAUGCAACACAUGACGUGUUAUAUUCUUCAAAACACAAUUACGUUUUAAACUCUGCAUCUCUUUAUAUUUGCAAACUGUGCCACUGUAAUAAAUAAAGUGCAAUGGAAGCUGGGAAUGCCCUUUUACUUAAGGAAUGCAGCCAUAAAACAGUAAUAUACAAGCUUUCAGUAAGCAUCCAGUGUCGAUCAGAUGCUCUUGUGUAAUGUCUGUGAAGGGGAAAGGCCCAACAAACAGGUUAGGGAUUAUUUUACACAACCUAACAAAGACUAGUGAGGCGCUAAUGCUUUUGGGAAAAAUCACAUUCUGACUUCCCAUGAAUCUCAACUUUCCAUCCAGACGAUUGUUAGCCUGCCCAAGCAUAGAGACUGGCAAUAUUUGACAAAAAUAUGUGAAAUAUGUUUGUUUUUUCAAUGAUUUAAGGCACACUUUUAAGUGUCAAAUCAAUGAAUUUGUUGAGACUUUUUUUUUUACUCCAGGAAAGAUAUUCAGCAGGAAAACAAUUGAUCGCCUACUGUGGGAGAGAAUGUGUCCUUAACCUCAAGUGACUGCGGGGUCUUGUUUGCGAGGGAGGGGAAGAUGGAGUGUGAGUUUGGCCGGAGAAUCGGAGCGGCGGGGGCGGUAUUACACUCACUUUACCGCGCGGAAAGCAAAGCCCUCGAUCUACCGGUCGAUCUAUAUUCCUCACCUACGGUCAAGAAGGAUUGGUUUGGGCAUCCUUACCUGGUAAGGUAAUCUCCCCACGGAGGAUGGUUUGCAUUCCGGUUGGACGCUCGCUGCCAAUCUCGGUCUCUGCCACUGUCACAAUGACGUCCUGGUUCCAAUUAUCACACUUCAUGCCUUCUGUUAGAUAUCUGUAGAUAUUCAGGACUGGAUGAACCAGAGUGACUCCCAACUUAUCUUAGGUUAGAAAGUCAGAGCAUGCUGAGAAAUUGAUUUCGAGUAAUAUUGAUUGAGCAAUGAAUGACGGUAGACCACAACAAGUGCAGUCCUGAAGAUAUUAUGAUACUUUGAUGGUUCACAGUGUGCUGUCAUCGUCAUUUAAUGAUUCCUCAUGAAACGCUGGGGUCUAUUUCCAGCCUCUACUCAAGCUAGCGCCUUGAAAUGUUAUAGCAAUCUGUAUUUAAAUAGCCCGGGGCGUAAGCACGCUGUGUGUGUAUCUAGUGGCCAGCCAGCCAGUUUGCUCUUGUCUGAACUGGAUGCAGAAAGGGGGGAUGCAUCGCGGAGGGUUGGGGAUCGGUGCCUGAAAGCGUGUGCAUGUGUCUGGGGAUUGCAUUUACAGGACACGCAGGUGGGCCGCCACUAUUUUUGGCAACAGAAUGUUACAACCACUGUGUAGUCAGGCCCGCGGCCCACUUUUCUGUGUGCUGUUUUUUAUGUUUUCUCUAGCGCGUGGGACGAGUGUGUGUGUGUGUGUGUGUCAGUAUCAGUGUCAGACUAUGUAAUGGUGCCAGCCUUUGGGGAUGCCGCUAAUGAGAGGGCGUGUCUACGCCAUUGUGCAUUGUCUCCCAGUGGUUACCGUGACGCUCCUGUCACCAAGCACCAUGGAAACAGGAAAUGGGCACCUUGCACAUUGAUGAUGGGGAAUCCCAUUGGCCAGCUGACAUUCGGGUUGGUAUUCCUGACCUGGGUGAACUGCUCCAGUGUGCGCUGGGCCACAAGGAUCCAGGAUGUUUUCACUGUAGGAAAACUCCUCGCUCUGGUACUCAUCAUAGUGGUGGGACUCAUCCAGAUCUGUAGAGGUCACUAUGACGCCCUUCGGCCCAGCGAGGCCUUUGAAUUCCGUCAGGACCCCUCCGUGGGACAGAUAGCGCUGGCCUUCCUUCAGGCCUCCUUCGCCUACAGCGGCUGGAACUUCCUCAACUACGUCACGGAGGAGGUCGUGGAGCCGCGCAAGAAUCUGCCCCGUGCCAUCUACAUUUCCAUCCCACUGGUGACCCUUGUCUACACCAUGACCAACAUUGCCUACUUCUCCUCCAUGAGCCCUGAGGAGCUGCUUGCCUCCAACGCGGUGGCAGUGACAUUCGGGGAAAAGCUGCUGGGGAUGUUUUCCUGGGUGAUGCCGAUCUCGGUGGCGCUGUCCACCUUUGGAGGGAUCAACGGAUAUCUGUUCACCUCCUCCAGAUUGUGUUUCUCGGGAGCCAGAGAGGGUCACUUGCCUUAUCUGCUGGCUAUGAUCCACCUAAAGAACUGCACUCCUAUCCCCGCCCUGCUGGUCUGCUGCUUUGCCACCAUAGUCAUCCUGUGCAUCGGAGAGACACACAACCUGAUCAACUAUGUGUCCUUUAUCAACUAUUUGUCCUACGGCGUGACCAUUGCUGGCCUCCUCUACCUCCGCAAGAAAAGACCCAACCUGGUCAGACCCAUCAAGGUAAGCAUGCUGGUCCCCAUCGCCUACUUGGUAUUCUGGGCCGUGCUGCUCGGCUUCAGUCUGUACUCGGAACCAGUGGUUUGUGGCCUGGGAAUGGUCAUCAUGCUGACUGGAGUCCCUGUGUACUUUGUGGGGGUUCAUUGGAAGGACAAACCCAAAUGUGUCUACAGGCUAGUUGAACGUGUCACAUACAUUGGCCAGAAGGUUUGUUAUGUGGUGUUUCCUCAGGAAGACCUUUCAGAGACUGAACCCCUCACUUCCUCCAAAGCCACUGACUGAGCAAUGCACUCAACCAUGAAUUAUCUUUUUACAUCAACACCUCGUCCUUCCAAUUUCUUUAGAAUUUAUUUGUUAUUUCACAUUGGUCGGCUUGUGGAUGGUGAAGAAAAAGGAUUUCGUCAAUGUUCUUGCACAGGUGGAGCCUGCGGAGGGUUAGACUUAGGAAACUAGCAUGCUAAACCCUAACGCGCAGAAAUAUGUGUCUUUUUGCUUGUUGGUUGAUUCUGUUCCUCCAUUCUUGUGGCGUGUAGGCGGAGAGAUCCGUUUCUCAUCUUCUCCCUUCUCACUCAAAACAACCCCCAUCUCUCAUAUGCCUCAUUGCCAAGAUAUUUUAUGAUUUUAACUAAAUCCUUGAGCUAAUGUGCCUUAUGAAACGCAUGUGUUGGUAGAGUGGAUUGGUUUGUGCGGGAUAGUUUAAUAUCUUUUUCUGAGGUCUAUAUACAAGCAGUGUCUGCACUUAGCAAUACUUCUCUAUUACUGCUGCUACCUUCAGAUCUUUCACUAAUUAUUCACAUGAUGUUUACCGUUUGUUAACUGUGGAUGUAUAUUUCUCUGUAUUCUUUUUACUUUAGACCCCGUUGUGGCUUUUAAAAAAAUACUGCAACACUACAUUCUCCUGAGAGAUGCUGUGGGGGCUUUGGUGUUAUUAUUAGAUUACCACUUCACACUCAUCAUUCCCAGUAAUAUUUAGAGCACAGGGGGCACGGGAGAACGACGGGAGGUUUGUGGCCGUCAGCUGGACGAAUGGCUCUGGGAAAUGAAUGAAUGCGUUUCAGUAACCUCUCUGACAGACUACUUGUCUGUCAGCAGACCAUGUUGUGGAUACAGCAAAGCAUAUAAGGGUUCGGGCCAGUGACCCUUUUUUGAAACAAUGUGAACCAGCAGCAUUAAACUUGAAUAAAACCUUCGGGUGCUUUUCCAGGCCAGAAGAUGCUGGGAAAUUUCCCUCUGCAUCAAAUCCAGUGAGAAGCUUCAAACAGCAGCAUCGUCCUGUCGCUGUUACUCAGUUGUGAUCUGUAAAUACUGUGUAAAGAAUGAAACGAACUGUUACAAAUGUGUCAAGGACUCCUACAAAGUCCAUUUUCCUAACUCAUUGUUGGGUAGGCCUACGUGUUUUGUUAGUGUGAAGAAUAAUAAUGUAAUUACUUAUUAAAUUAAGCAACUUCUAAGAUG